UGCUGCUGUUGUUUUCAACUUUUGUGAUAGGUUUUGAUUUCGAUAGUAUAAGUGGUCUGAUCAGAAGUGCUUGAGUGUGAACUAAGUUGUAAAUUUAAUAUACAUUAUUAACAUUAUCGAUAUAUGAAACACAUUAUAGGAAUUAAAUACAGCACUAUAUUAUUACUUUAUUUUAAAAAUUGAAUAAUCAUAACAUUGCGAUAUUUCUAAUUGUUAUUUUUCAAGGAUAUAUCUCAAGUUAAAUGUAACAUUAUUAAACUUUUUCCUUUACUUGUCUUGGUAUAUUUUCAGUGCAGUUUAAGCAUUUGUAAAAUAAAAAAAACUGCAGCGGUAUUAUCGAUUAUUUUAAAAGACUAUGUCAAAAACAAGGAUGUGCAUUAUUUACUGAAAAUUUUAUUAAUUCAUUGGUGACGUAAUUAUUAAGGUAUGAACUUAAGAAAACAUUAAAAAUCUACAACAUGGAUAACCAAAAUUCCUUGAGUAAUUGGUACAAAAUACCAAGAAGUGUCCUAAGGCUGUGUUUUAUUCUCGUAAACAAUUUGUAUUGUAUACCUACGUAUGUAAUGUGGAUGAUCCUUUUGUUACCACUUAGAAAAGUUAAUCCAGAUAUUUAUUAUAAAAUAGAGGGCCAGUUUUUCCAUUGGCUUCUCUCCGUGGUAACGCUGUGGAGUAAUAGUGCGGGAUAUGACAUCGUGGAGUUGGGAGAUGACAUAGCCCCAUGCCUGAACGACAGGACACUUGUGAUAGCAAACCACCAGUCAACAGCUGAUGUGCCUUUACUCUUUUCUUGCUUCAACCCGAGAAAGCAAGUCUUGCCUAAUAUCAUGUGGAUAAUGGAUAGUGUGUUUAAAUAUACCAAUUUUGGUGUUGUUAGCGUUUUGCAUAAGGAUUUUUUUAUAAUGUCGGGCAAAUCAAAACGUGAUAAAUCCCUCCAAGAAUUUGCACAACAUCUACUUGAUUACUACCUCCCGUUAAAGAGGAAAUGGUUAGUACUCUUCCCAGAGGGUGGAUUUUUAAGAAAAAGGAAAGCCGUUUCCCAAAGGUAUUGUGAAAAAAUGAACUUACCAAGAUUUGAGAAUGUCACUUUGCCGAGAGUUGGUGCCAUGCAGGUUAUAAUGGACACUUUUAGUAAAAAAUCGGCAAUGAAUAACAAUUCUAAUUCUGUAAAUAAUGACAAGUCGGAGACCCCUAUAAUUGAAUGGUUCCUCGACAUAACGAUAGCGUACCCGAAAGGUUGGCCCAUAGACUUAAGCCAUAUCGUCUUUGGAAAUCGCGAUCCUUGCGAAACAAUCAUGUUCUACCGCCUCUACCCACAGAAGGAUGUUCCUCAAGACACCGAAACUCUUACCACUUGGCUCUUCGAUCGUUGGGUGGAGAAAGAAAAAAUGUUAGAAAACUAUUAUCGGACUGGUACCUUUACGUGCGAAUUUAGUAAAAAAAGUAUCGGUCCUAAACGAUUGGUGCAGCAAGAUUACCUUAGGUUCGCGAUAGUGCACAUAUUUUUUAUUGCCUCAACAUAUCUGCACACAAUGAUGCUCGUGACAGUAUACAAUUAUUGUAAUUAUUUAGUUUAUUAGCACUCCGUCCUGGCAUAUUUGGUGUGUCUGGUGAGGUACUAUUUGUAAAGAAUCAGCUUAAAGGAUCUACUGGAAGUGGAGCGUCAUAAAACGUUUAUCUUUAUUGUUUAAGUCGGAAAAUUAAUUUUUGUUCGUUAUUAAAAGUAAACGUAAACAAAUGUAAAUUACAUAUUAUAUAAGUCAUAAAGUAUAAAAAAAGUGAUAGGUGGUAAAAGUGUCAAUUACGCACAUUCGACUCUCUGGUACGCGUAAACUAGCAAAACGGUAAAGUAUAGUACAACCUAAAAAUGAUUUCGCAACAUCACAUGUAAAACCAUAUUUGAUUCAUGAAUUAUCAAUCUUUUGCUAUUGACAGUCCUGAUUCUAGAGUGUCCUAUAGAUCGUUGGCAUUUUCUGCAUGCAUCCACUGCCAUUGUUCCGAUAACAUAUUGUAUAUUGUUAACAUGGCACACUCUUUUGUAUACAGAUAACUGUUUUUU